UUUUUAUCAUAGAUAGCAUCAUAAGGUGUCAGGAAACAACUUCUGGAAUCGCAGAUUACAUUUUGUCUUAGUCUACAAUAUGCAUCGGUCGACAAUACUUGAAAUAAGAUACAUAGUGUAAUACAGUGAAAUAAAACUCAACUAUAUGUGUAUAAUAUCUACAUGCAUCUAGCUCAGGCGACAAGAAAUAUUAGACAAGUUUUAUGCAUUGUUUUAUAUUUUUACGACAAAAUAAGUUUUAAUGAAAAAUAAUAUUAAAAUAUAAAAAAAUUUUAGAUAUUUAGGCGUCGUUAGUGUCCGUAUAAUACAUAAAUUUUUAUAUUACGAGAAUGUUCCGUCUGAAAAAAAUUUCUCAAAUAAAAAUUGUGAAACAAAAAAGCUACAUCUUGCCCGUUAAAAAUUAUUUAACUAUUUCUGAUAUGCCCAAACCAAAAUCUCUGCCAAUUAUAGGAACAAAAUUGGAAUUCUUGGCUGCAGGAGGCGCGAACAAAUUACAUAAAUAUGUAAAUUCUCGACACAAGAAUUUAGGUCCUAUAUUCAAGGAAAGUUUGGGAGGUAAUACGGAUCUCGUCUUUCUAAGUGAUCCCGAGUUAAUAAAGACGCUUUUUAUGAAUUUGGAGGGUAAAUAUCCGAUUCAUAUAUUGCCAGAACCAUGGGUUUUAUACGAAAAAAUUUAUGGAGCCCAACGAGGACUUUUCUUUAUGAAUGGCGAGGAAUGGUUGAAUAAUCGACGAAUAUUAAACAAAAUUCUGUUAAGAGAGAGCGAUGAUUGGAUAGCGGAUUCUAUAGAAAAAACCAUUAGAGAUACUAUGCAAACGUGGAAAUUAAAUUUGGAAAAAGGAUGUCGAUUUCCAAAUAUUGAAUCUGAACUUUAUAGGCUGUCGUCUAAUGUUAUUAUUAAUAUUUUACUCGGUACCCACUCUUUAGAGCUAAGCGAUCAUUAUAAUGAAAUGUUGUCAUUGUUUUCGGAUUCUAUGAAGAAAAUCUUCCAGACCACCACAAAAUUGUAUAGUAUUCCUGUAAAUUGGUGUCAAAAACUAAAUCUGAAAGUGUGGAGGGAUUUCAAAGAAUCCGUUGACCUUACACUGUUUUUAGGAAGAAAAAUUACUCGUGAAAUGAUGUUUAAUAAAAACAAAAGCGAUGGCUUAUUAAAAAGAAUGACUGAAGAAAAUAUGUCACCUGAAAUAAUUACAAGAAUUGUAUCAGACUUGAUCAUUGCUGCGGGAGAUACGACAACAUAUACCGCGUUAUGGACUUUAUUGUUACUGACAAGAAAUGAAGAUACAUUGAAGGAAAGCAGGAAAGGAGAUCAAAAAUAUAUUAAAUAUAUUGUCAAGGAAUCAAUGCGAUUGUACCCUGUAGCUCCAUUUCUGACGAGAAUACUUCCACAAGAGACGAUAUUAGGUGACUACAAACUGAGUAAAGGGACACCAAUUAUCGCUUCCAUCUAUACAACGGGAAGGGAUAAGCAAAAUUUUUCGGAACCAAACUCUUUUCUUCCUUACCGUUGGGACAAAACAGAUCCACGUAAAAAAGAUCUCAUUAACCAUGUUCCCCCAGCGACACUGCCUUUUGCAUUGGGAUCCCGUUCAUGUAUAGGCAAAAAAAUUGCCAUGAAACAAUUAUCGGAAUUCAUUAGUCAGAUCACCUACAACUUUGACCUUAAAUGUAAUAACAAUCAGCAAAUAAAAUCUGUGACAUCUCAAAUAUUGAUACCAGAUCAGAACAUAGAUUUUUCAUUAUCUGUUAGGAAGCAAUGAUUGUCGAUAAUUUUGGAUGGAUAAAUAAAUAUUUUAUUGCA